GGCUGACUGGGGCGUGUAGUUUUUUUUUCCUACGACGCUUUCCCUGGAAAGGGAAAUGCUUCGCUCCUCAAUGUCGAGCUGUCCGCGCUUUUUUCCCGUCCAGUUUGCGCGAGGGUCCCGUCUACUCCAUUCCCCAAGGAGCACGCCUCUCGUUAUUUCCUUGGAAUUCGUUUUUUACCCGCUCUAGGUAGUAGUGCUUGUCCGAACUCGGAGCGUUUUGUCAACGGUUCGUCGAGCAAAGCAUUUUGGGACUCGGAGUUUUCUUCGAGGACUGCCCUCUGGGCAUUGUAGUCCCGCGGGAGUUUUGACCGGGCGCUCAUGCCAGUGGAAGCAUAUCCGGGCUCUUCUGAAUGUGGGCGAGGGAUGUUUGAUCGCGUUGCUUAGCAGCGUCCGUCCCCACCUUAAACGACCGCGGAAGCCAGCGAGGGAAGACAAAGGAAAGGCUGAAGGUGGGAGGAGAGGCGGUGGAAAAAGUAAAUGAAUAUUCAGGAUGGCACCUAUUUUGGAAUGGAAGAAAAUUAUGAGAGUAGAUCCUGAUGGUUUGCCUCGUCAGGAGGAACUAGCAGAUAGUUUGCUUGAGACUGUGGCCAAGGUUGAUGGUAAUGCUUUGAAAGAUGAGACUCCUGCACAUUUAAUUCAACUUUUUAAAAUUUCUCAAUCACUAAUGAAGAUGAAAAACCAAGAAGUAGAACUGGCUCUAGAAGAAGUUGAGAAAGCUGGAGAAGAGCAAGCUAAAUUUGAAAAUCAAUUAAAAACUAAGGUGAUGAAGCUAGAAAAAGAAUUAGAGAUAGCACAGCGAUCCACUGGAAGCCGUGAUACUCGAUUUCUGCGUGAUGAAAUCCGCCAGUUGGAAAAACAGUUGUCACAAAAAGACAGAGAAUUAGCAGACAUGGAAAAGGAUCUAGACAAAGAGAAGAAAGUUAAUGAACAGAUAACUCUUCGAAAUGAAGAAACAGAAAAUGAAAACAGCAAAUUAAGAAGAGAGAAUGAGCAGCUUCGUCAGGAUGUUAUUGACUAUCAGAGACAAUUAGAAACACAAAAGGAAACACUUCUCUCAAGAAGAGGAGAAGAAUCAGAUUACAGGUCACAGUUAUCUAAAAAGAAUUUUGAGCUUGUUCAAUACCUAGAUGAAAUUCAGAAUUUGACAGAAGCUAAUGAAAAGUUAGAAACACAAAACCAAGAAAUGAGGAAAAAUUUAGAAGAAUCUGUGCAAGAAAUGGAGAAUAUGACUGAUGAAUACAAUAAAAUGAAAUUUAUGGUGCAACAGUCUGAUAUUGCUAUGGAUCAGCUAAGAAAAGAAAAAGAGCAAUAUAGACUACAGGUGCAUGAGCUGACAGAGCAACUUAAAACAAAGAAUGAAGAAGAUGAUCCGCUUAUGGCAGCUGUAAAUGAAAAAGUGGAGGAAUGGAAGAGAAUUUUGGUUUCCAAAGAUGAUGAAAUAAUUGAAUAUCAAGAAAUGUUGUUGACUCUGAAAGAGAAGCUGAAAAUGGCCCAGAUGGAUUCUGACAAGAGCAAUGUUCUUGCCCUCCAGCAGGGUGUGCAAGAAAGAGACAGUCAGAUCAAAUUGCUCACUGAACAGAUUGAACAGUAUACAAAGGAGAUGGAGAAAAAUGUAUUGAUCAUUGAGGACUUGAAAAGAGAACUCCUGAAAGAUAAAAGCGGGCUGUCGAUUACUCAACAGGAUCGUAUUGGAGAAAUGCAAGGAAAGUUACAGAUGCUGGAAGAGAAAAUCAAGGAUAGUGAAAGGACAGCAGAACUUGCAGAAGCAGAUGCAAGAGAAAAGGACAAAGAACUUAUUGAAACUCUGAAGCGAGUGAAAGAUUAUGAAACUGGAAUAUAUGGCCUGGAAGAUGCUGUUGCUGAAAUAAAAGGUUUAAAAAAGCAACUCAAAAUAAGAAAUAAUGAAAUUGAAACAUUAAUUAAAGAAGUUAAUAAACUUGAAUUUAAAAUCAAUGAUCUUCUUGAUGAAAAUGAAGAUCUUCGGGAAAAGCUAGGGCUUGAUCCCCAAACAAUGAUUGAUUUAACUGAACUGAAAAAUAGCAAAGCAUUAAAACAACAACAAUACAAGGCUGAAAAUCAAGUCCUGCUGAAAGAGAUUGAAAGAUUAGAAGAAGAAAGAGUUACCCUGAAACAACAAAUCCGUAAAUUGGCUCAGGAGAAAGGAAGAAGAGCUGCAACUUUAGGACUGGAUGCAGAUGAUCUACAGCUGAUUGAUAAUUUUACUGAAGAUUUGAAGACGAAAAGAGAGAGAUCUGAGUUAAUGAGUACAUCUAACUUUGAUAAACUUAAAACACAGAAUGAGCAGAUAUUAAGAGACUUGUUCGCCAAGAACACACUGAAUAAAAAUGCAGAGCUAGAGCUUGAAAGAUGCAGGAGCCAGAAAUUUGAGAAUGACUACCUUGCCAAAGAAUUAAAUGAACGAGAAAGAGAUUUGGAACAAAACAGGAUUGUAAUAAUGAAACUGAAAUCCAAUUUGAAAGAGUUGGUACAAGAAAAUAAGCACCUUCAACAAGGCAUGAAAGAAAUUUUACAAGCAAUAAAGGAUUUGCAAAAGGAUCCAGGUAUGAAAGAUGGAGAAAGUGCUCUUAUGAUUCCUAGUCUGGAGCGAUUAGUACAUGCAAUUGAAUUAAAGAAUGCAGAAGGAACUUUUGAUGCCCGCUUGCAUUUGAAGGCCCAAGUGGACCAACUGACAGGCAGAAAUGAAGAAUUGCGCAAAGAAUUGAGAGAAUCUCGGAAAGAAGCAGUAAACUUUUCUAACCAGCUAGCUAAAGCAAAUACAAAAAUUGCGAACCUAGAAAAUGAAAUUGAUAUGCUGAAAAAAUCAGAAGGUGGCAAUGUAAUAUUUAAAUCAUCAAAUCUUCCGGAAGGGAUGUCUCCUUCUAGUGUGAACAUGAUUAAUUCCCAGAAUGAGUAUUUAAUACACCUUUUGCAGGAAUUGGAAAACAAAGAACAGCUCUUCAAAAAAUUAGAAGAGGCAAUAGAAGAAUAUAAGAGAAAAUUUGCAGUUAUUCGACAUCAACAAGGCUUGCUGUAUAAAGAAUAUCAAAGUGAAAGGGAACACUGGAAAGCUGCUAAUGAGAAAAUACUACAGGAAAAGAAAAGAUUGGAGUAUCAAAAGGAGGAAGAUGAUAUAAAAAUAAAGGAAUAUACUGAUUUAUUGGAUGCACUUGAAAAGGAUACUGAUGAUACUAAACAACUAUUAAUGGAUUAUAGUAGAAAAAUUACUGUUCUGAGAGUCAAUGAAAGAUCAGUAUCAAGACAAUACACAACAUUGCUUGAAAUGGAAAAGCAUCUUCGCAAAGAAAAUGAGAAAAUGAAGACUGAGAUGAUAUCAAUGGAGGUAACAGUUCGAGAGAAGAUUGGAUCUUUGCAAAGGUUCAAAGAAAUGGCAACUUUCAAGAUAGCAGCAUUGCAAAAAGCAUUGGAUGAUAGUGUACCUCUAAAUGACCUUGAAAUGGCUAAUAAACAAUAUAAUGAGUUAACUGCUAAAUACAGGGAUAUGCUUCAAAGAGAUAACUUGCUUAUUCAAAGAACAAACAAUGUGGAACACCUUGAGCAUGAGAACACAUCUCUGAAAAAUCAGAUAGAAUCUUUGAAUAAGGAACUAGAAAUUACAAAGGAGAAAUUUCAUACAAUUGAACAAGCCUGGGAACAAACAGCAAAACUUGGAGACAGUGCUACAGACAAAGCUACAAAGUCCAUAACCAACAGUGAGAUUGUUUCUAUUUCUAAGAAAAUUACUAUGCUUGAAAUGAAGGAACUAAAUGAACGUCAGAGAGCAGAACAUUGUCAGAGAAUGUAUGAACAACUACGAUAUACAUUAAAACAAGCAGAAGAACGUAACUUUGAACUGGAAACAAAAUUUGCUGAGCUUACAAAAAUCAACCUUGAAGCACAGAAGGUAGAACAGUCUUUGCGAGAUGAACUGUCAAACAGUGUGAGUAAAGAAAUAAGUGAUGUGGAUAAACAUCGAAUAAUGGAGCUAGAGAAAAGUGAAACUGAACUCAAGAUUGAGAUAUCAAAGUUAAAGGAGCUUUCUGAUAUUGCUAAGGCACAAGUUACUGCACUGGAGAAUCGGCAACAAUCGAGAGAUAAGGAAGUGGAAUCACUCAGAAUGCAGAUUUUGGAUUAUCAGGUACAAUCAGAUGAAAAAACACUUAUUGCAAAAUUACAUCAGCAUAUUGUGGCCAUUCAGGUUAGUGAGGCUACAGCUAUGACUAAGUUGGCAGCUGCAACAUCAAAACUUCAGAAGGCAGAGAUCGCUAAUAUGCGCUUAGAGCAAAAAUUGGAUGAUAAAGAGCAAGCAUUGUAUUAUGCAAGAGUUGAAGGGAAGAAUAGAGUCAAACAUUUACGCCAAACUGUUCAGUCAUUACGGAGGCAAUUUAGUGGUGCUUUGCCCUUAGCUCAACAAGAGAAGUUCUCCAAGACUAUGAUUCAACUGCAGAAUGACAAACUUAAAACUAUGGAAGAUAUCAAGAAAGCUCAGCAAGAACGUCGAAAUGCAGAGAACAGAGCAGUGGAGAUGGAGAUGAAAUUAAAAGGAAUAGAAGAACUAGUAGCCACUUUAAAAGAUGCAAGAGGAGCACAAAAGGUAAUUGAGUGGCAUGUGAAAAUUGAAGAACUUCGCCUCCAACAACUUAAACUAAAUCGUGAAUUAUCCAGGAAAAAUGAGGAGAUUAAAUAUUUAAAAAAUAUCCUCUCUGAAUAUGAACAGACAAUCAAUCAUUUGGAAGAAGAAAUUGUUCAGCAGGGCCAGUUCCAUGAGGAGCGACAGAUGGCCUGGGAUAAAAGAGAAGUAGAAUUAGAACGUCAGCUGGAUAUAUAUGACAGUCAGAAACAGAACCUAUUAAGUACAGCUCAGAAGUUUAAUGAAGCUGCAGGUACACUUCCAGAUCCUAGCUUGACUCUUCCACAUCAGCUUGAGCAAGCUCUUAAAACAGUUAGGGAACAAAGUCGAACAAUUCUGGAAAUGCAAGCCACCUGCAAAUCUGUAGAAGAGAAGCUAAAAGAAAAAGAAGCCGCUUUGUGGAAAGCAGAGCAAAACAUCUUGUCACGAGACAAAGUCAUAAAUGAACUAAGACUGCAAUUGCCAGCAUCAUCCGAAAGAGAGAAAUUGGUAGCGCAGCUAGAUCAAAUUGAUGAUAACACCUACCCCCAUGCUCUGAAAAUCGCACAUCAGACCAUUGCAAAUAUGCAAGCUAGAUUAAAUCAAAAAGAAGAAAUUCUGAAGAAGUACCAACAUCUUUUGGCCAAAGCACGAGAGGAACAAGAAGAAAUUGCAAAGAAACAUGAAGAAGAGCUCAGAGUUCUGCACCAGAAAUUAGAUGUACACGUUGACAGUUCCUUUAAUAAAUUCAAGCAAACAGCUUUAGAGUUGAUUCGAAAGCCUUCUUUAGCUGUUCCGGCAAGUAAGCAUUUAAUUCGUCUGGCAGAACUGGAACAAACUAUAGCAGAACAGGACAGUUCCCUUAAUUCCCUUCUCAGCAAAUUAAAGAAAGCAUCGUCUGACUUACAGAAGCAAAAGCAGAUAACUGCAGUAAAAAUCAAGGAGUUUGAUAACAUCAGGGCCCAGCUUGAGGAGGAGCAUCAAGGUAGAGUUAAAAGACUGCAAGAUGAAAUAGAAGAAUUAAGGAGUUUGUUGUCAAAAAUGGGAAAAGAGCUACUGAAUAUAAAAAGUGAGUUGGAGAUACAAAGAGAAGCAAAUAGCAGGUCUCCAACAACUACAAUGAAGAAUCUAGUGGAACGACUAAAGAAUCAGCUAGCUUUAAAAGAAAAGCAACAAAAAGCUUUGAGCAAGGCACUUCUGGAACUCCGAUCAGAAAUGACAGCAGCUGCAGAGCAACAGAUAAUUUCUGUAGCAUCACAAAAGGAGGCACAUAUGAAUGUUCAGCAAAUUGUUGACAAGCACACAAAGGAAUUGAAGAGUCAGAUUGAAGAUUUAAAUGACCAAUUGUUAAAACUUAAAGAUGCUCUUAAAUUAAGCAAAAAUAAAGAGAGUUCUCUGUUAAAUGAUAUGGAUGAUUUAAAUCAAGAACUUCAGAAAAAAAUGAAAGCCUACACUAAAGUUCUAAGGCAGAAAGAUGAUAUGGAAAAGGAGAAUGAAGAACUGAAAAAGCAGAAUAAAAGAUUAACCAGUUCAAUUCAGAGUAAGGCUGAUGAGCAAACUCUAAUAGAUGAACUUCAAAGAAAAAUUAAAAAAAUGGAAAUGGAGCUGGGAAAGAAGAGUGAUGAAUCAGAAAAAAAGAAUCCAAGAGAAGACAGGGUGUUGAAAAAUCCAAGGGAAGAAUUAAUUAAAUGGGAGGAAGGUAAAAAAUGGCAGACCAAAGCUGAUGGAAUGAGAAACAAGCUGAAAGAAAAAGAAAAGGAGAUAGAAACCCUAAGCAAACAGCUUAACACAAUGAAGGAACUUUUUUCCAAGUUAAAUCAAGUAGCCGAUUUAAAAGAAAUGUGUGAGAUCCUGAAGCGAGAAAAGAGAGAAGCUGAGUGGAAAUUAGGCAAUGUCAGAGGGGCUGGAAGAAGUGGGAAAACAAUUCCGGAAUUAGAGAAAACAAUUGGCUUGAUGAAAAAAGUUGUAGAGAGAGUCCAGAGAGAAAAUGAAGAGCUAAAAAGGGCCCCUGGAGUAGUGUCUAAUGAAAAAGUUGCCAGACUUGAGCAAGAAAAUGAGGACUUAAAGUCUGAAAUGGAAAAACUGAAACUUCACUUUGGAAGUGAACUAAGUGCACGAUAUGAACUGAAAACCAAAGGCACAGAAAAAAUCAUUGCUGAAAAUGACAGAAUACGUAAAGAGCUGAAAAAGGAAGUAGAAAAUGCCGAAAAACUGCGAAUGGCAAAGAAUAACCUUGAAAUAAUAAAUGAGAAACUGAAUGUGGAAUUGGAAGAGACAACAAAGAAAUUAAAUUUAGCAGAAAGCAGAAUCCCAAAACUUGAAGACGCUGACACCAAGAACUGGAAAUCCAUAGUUAUAACAAGGAUGUUUGAAAAUAAACUCAAAGAAAUGGAGUCUGAAAUUGCCAGAAAAAAUCAAACUAUUAGUGAUCUUAAAAAGAAAUUACAACAGCCAACAGAGAGUAGAGAUAAAAAUGAAAACUGUAUUGAAGACUAUCUUAAAGAACAAGCUGAAGUCCUCAAAAGUGUUCCCGAGGGUACCAAAACAGAGCAAGAAUAUGUCAGAGAAAAUCAACUUUUCCGAUUAACUAAUCAUGAUUUGGAAAAGGAAAAAGAACAAAUUUACAUGAUGGAAUCUUCUCAAAAUCAAAGAAAACUUAGAGAUGACCUUGCAGCUGAGAAAACUGGAAACUACAAACUAGUGGCAGAGGUAACAGACCUCAAGACACAGCUUAAAUCUUCAGAUUUGGAACAGCAGCGACUUCAUGAAGAAAUCAAAAAGCUUAAAAAUGAAUUGGACCACUUUGAUCCAGCCUUUUUUGAGGAAAUCGAAGAUUUAAAAUAUAACUAUAAUGAAGAAGUUAAAAAGAAUAUUGUCUUAGAAGAGCAAUUGAAAACACUUUCUGAAAAAUUUGGAGUUCAAGUAGACAUUCCAGGUAGAAUUUCUGUUGACUAAAACAUUUUCUGUUUGAAAAAACAUUUCCAAGAUACUUGCCAAUACUGUGUAUUUAAAGAUAAAUUAAAUAUUUGCAUCGAAAAUGAAAAACAUGCUCAUGAGUGAGGUAUUUCCCCCCACUUAUUUUAAAGUCAAUAAAAUGCAGAUUAUUUCUGCUAUAUGUAAGUCUUAUACUGUACAGUUUCUUUCAAGUCUUAACAAAGUGCCUGCCUGAUUAAUCUGGUUUAGGGCUUCCACAAGUUUAAAGACAAAAGAAAGAUUAAAGGAAUUAUAAUAAUGUAAAUUUGCUACUUCUAAAUUGUGCUAAUUUAUUAGUAUAUAUGUAUAUAUUUUCUAUGUUUGAAUAAUAUAUAUGAAUUGUGAAUAAAACAAUACAUUCCUAAUUUAAAAUGUUUAAGACAAGUUAUGUUGAAUAAAAGUGUUACAAACUUCAAGAUCAUUUUUCAUUAAUUAGAUGUUCUUGAAUAAGAUAAAAUGCUGCUUUGUUUUGACAGAAUUGGAGUUAUGCUUCCUUAUAUCUGCUCCAGAAAAUUAGAUGUUCUACAUCAGAUUUUAGGAGCUCCAAAGGGGCCAUAGAAUAACAAGUCACUGCAUAAGCAGAUAUCUGUUCAUGAUCCUAAUGUACAUAAAAUUCUACUACAAAUAUUAUAAAGUUAUUUAUGAUAAUUAAAAUCUCUAUAAAUGAAGAAUCUUAUCUAAACAUUUUAAAAGAGAUGCCAGAAUGGGAAGUUGUUCCUUAUGUGUUCAUAAUUAGUGCAGGUAUUCCUUUCUAAAAAAAUACAUGGAAGCAAGGAAUCAGACUGAUCCUAUAUAUUUUAAGUAAAAUGACUUACUUAAACUAUUCAUGACUGAUAAAUAUUGAAAAAUGUUCUCCAAUGCUGGUAGCAGUGUUUAAACUACCACAAGAUUUUACUGUAAGGUUAUAUAGUUUCUAAAAGUUUUCUUCUUUUAUGCCUUCACUGCAUAAAGUCUAUUAAACUUAAAUGUUACAGUGCCAGAAAAAAUGGAUACAUGAUUUUUUUUAAUGAGAUAAAACUUGUGAGAUUAAUAGUUAAUUUUCACUGCUUGAAUAAAAGCAUGUUGCAUAUUUCACCUUUAGGAACUGAAGGUUUUCUUUAUAGCUUUUCUACUGAAGUUUCUCCAGUUAUAUACGUGUGUGUGUGU